UCUCAUACCGGUACACAUGUGACUGGAGGCGGGGAGUUUUACUUCUGGAUGACAAUGAGCAUGCCACUGAAGAAACCAGGAAGGAAAAGGAAGCUUGAUGAAGAUGAGUCUGUCAAUGUCCUCAUCAAGGCACCUUCAGAAAUCAAUCUUUUGGAUUUUGCUGAAAAUCGAGCCAAAGAAAUAAGAGACUUGUCACAAUUGUGUGAGUCACUUGGUGGUGCAAAGAGGGUUUUCCAGACUCUGCCAUGGCACAUGAGGCGGCGAGCAAUGAGUCACAAUGUGAAAAGAUUACCACGAAGGCUGCAGGAGCAAGCUGCUAAGGAAUAUGAGUCGCUAGAGCAGAAAAAGUCGAUAUCCAAGAGACCAAGCCGAAGACAUCGACGAAGGCCGAAGAAUCUGCUGACAGAAUAUGCUCGCAGACAACGCAAACAUGUCUGGCUAGAAACCCACAUCUGGCAUGCAAAGCGGUUCAAGAUGGUAGAUCUCUGGGGUUACAGAAUCCCUCUACAUCCUUGUGAGAAAAGUUUGCGUGCAUCCUAUAGAGCAAUUGCCAGGCAUUGCUUGCUUCAGGAUGUGUCAUUUUUGUGUUGCAUCGAAGUAAAAGGAUCUGAAGAGCUCAUUCUGUACGGACUAAGUCAUGUGACAAGUCCAAAAACGGGGAAAACAUUUGCUGCGCAUGCCUGUCUCAGUGGGUCAAGAGAAGGCCAUACAAUAAUGUAUUCAUACCAGAAGUAUCCAUAUGAUGCAAUUGGACCUGUGCAGUUCAUCUGGAAACCAAAGGAACAAUCAAGCAACUGUGGGCCAGGGGAGAUGGAGAGGCGAUUAUGGAUUUGGUGCCACCCACUGUGUUAUAAGCAGGUGUGGCAAGAGCUUUGUUGCACCUUUUCAAUGCCUGAAGCAGAUGAAAUUCAGAUGCAAACUUCAGAACAAGAAAUGGAUAACAGUAUGAGAGCUGUAUUAAAAAACCUCAACGUCACAAAUGGCUCAGUAACUUUGUCCUCAUUAAAAGACACUCUUGUGCGCUUCAGACUAUGGGGUCCUCUGUCACAGUCAGUAUUGUCAGACUUGUUUAAGGAGCCAGUUGUUAAGACAGACCCAAACUGUUCAGAAUAUUGGUGGAAGAAGUACUAUGAGGAACAUCAAGUAGAAGUUCACCAGCAUCAAUGGCGCACAUGGAAUUCACUAAAAAUGUGCCAGUCUCCCUCUGAGGUACCUCCCCACUGUGUAGUUGGGCUGACAGUAAGAGACCCCAGAAUUUUUUUGCCACCCAAGAAAACCAAAGCAACCCAAGAAACGGAUGAUGAAAGACUGAAAGAUCCUUUUAACGAGAAUAAGGGCAGCAUUGAAGCUUCGGUUCUCCCUCCAUGUAGUGCUCUUUCACCUCUGUGGGAUGAAGACAUCCGGAAAUCUACUGGUCAGAAGUUGACAGAGCAUGAGGUUAAUAAGAGGAGGUCUGAUCACCCCAUAAAUGGAAAUUUGUUGCAGUUGGGAGAUGAAGAAUCGCGGAUUCCAGUAAUUAUAAUUCAGCGCCCUGGAGAGCAAGGGAGACAACCGAGUCAGAUGAACAAAGGAGCUCUGCAAAACCAAGGUAGUGUUUGUGUGGGAUUCGGAAAUGGAUGGGACAUGAUCCUUCCUUCUGGUUGGGGCAUGGCAUUCUGGAUAGCCCUUGUUUAUCGUGGAGCUCGUGUUGGAGGAUGCAGAGAGGCAGAAAGUGUCCAGAAAGAAGUUGGAGAGCUGUAUUUUCCAUCAGACUUUCCAGACACCUCAUCAUGUAAGCAAGAGGAUGAGUCUGUGAAGAAGGAGCUUACAGACAAGCAUGGCCGCUACCCUCCAGCAAAACGACCAAAUUUUGUGAAGUUUGGUGUUGUUGAGCCUUUCACAUGCCCUUGGCAAAGACUUGUAGACGAGUGGGCUGAAGGUUGUACAGAAUCAGAAUCGUCUGAUAAUGCUAAUGAAGGAUCAGCUGAAGGUUCCAAGACAGUGUUUUAUGUUCUUCGUGAUAAAUCCAUGUUAAAACAGCUAAUUUCCCAUAUUUGGAGUAGGUCACUAGAUGUAAAUUGCUUGCCAGAGGAUAUGUUGAAAGUGCUGAGGAAUGCUGUUGUAGCUGUUAAUGUAAUGAUGCACAAAAGAGGUACUCCAACAAAAUUUGCUGCAAUCUGUUUGCCUAAUGAAGAUGAUUUGAAAAGUCUUCAAGCAGAUCCCAGAUAUGGUGGUCCAAAGGAGCCAUUGCACAAAGAUCCUCUUACAGAUAGAAAGUCCAAGAAAAAGGGCAAACACAGCAAGAUUACAAAGUCGGAAAUUUGUCCUAAUCUUGGAUUUCCAGGAACUCUGAAAGAGUCUUCUAGUAGGUUAAUAAUAGGCUUUCUAACCAAAGGUGGAUUUUCACUAUGUCAUGGGUCUGGCUCGGGAGUGGGAUUUUGUUCAGGCCUUGGCCUUCUUCACAUCAAACCUCCUUUUCUGUGUCUGAUCAGAGCCCAUAAUUCUUUACAGUAUUGGUUUGCAAAUAUUGAGACAUGAGUAGUAAUACAUAAUAGGUGUUAAAUUUUUUUUUUGCCUUUACCAUCAGUCCCCGAGUUUUCUGUAAGUCUUAUAGGUCAUACUGUAGGCAACACAGUUUGUCAUUAAAUACACUGGAGUUCUGUCAGGUGCUUGGAUUGAAGGAAAAAUUGACCAUUUAAGCUGUGUCGAUGUUUAUAGUCUGACCUGCAUACAGAAAAUACUGUGAAAUUAAUUUUUGUUUUCUUCAAGAUCACUCCUUGUAGCAAAUUUACAGUUUCCAAAUAUCCAACAUCUCAGUGCAAGAAAUAGCCUUGGCUAGUUGAACACUUUCUGUUGUUAUGCUUGUGUG